AUGCCCAGUUAUAUGCCUGUCUCUAUAUUUAUCGAGAAAGUUGGAGAUCUACGAAAUCAUUCAAAAAUGGAGAGAAUACAAUCUUUAAUUGAAACAUUUGAAAAAGAGCCGAAUAAUAUGGGGGCUCCUUUUACUCAUUUUUGGCUUCGAGAUUAUGAAAGAUAUUUGGCUAGUGAAAUAGCUGAGGAAGAAAAUGAUGAAGAAAUUGAAGAAAAUAAUCAAACAAAAAAUCAGACUUCAAAACAACCUUCUUUCAGACAUUCACAAAUGUCUUCGUUUCUAGGAUGGCCAGAAUAUCGGCAUUGGAAUGGAUUUUUACGUUUUAACAAAAAUGGACAUUUGGAAAGUUUUUUUGUAAUUACAGCCUUUCAUGGGCCUGCUUUAGUUGAAUGGAAUAGUCGAGCUAAUUUACUUGGGAGAUGGAGACAAAUAGUUGAUAAUUAUACGGAUAUUGGAGCUUUUGUUUGGGUAGAAGAAUCACAGUUUUUAGAUCAAAUUGAGACGUUAGUGCCGGCUACUGUACAAUCUUCUAUUGCUACUUUGUAA